AUGUGGUCCAAUGUGAGUGCUGCCCCCUUUCUGCUGACCGGCUUCCCAGGUCUGGAGGCAGCUCAUCAUUGGAUCUCCAUCCCCUUCUUUGCAGUCUACAUCUCUGUACUUCUUGGCAAUGGCACUCUUCUCUAUCUCAUCAAGGAUAACCACACUCUCCAUGAACCCAUGUAUUAUUUCCUGGCCAUGCUUGCAGGCACAGAUCUCAUGGUGACCCUGACCACGAUGCCUACUGUAAUGGGUGUCUUAUGGUUGAAUCACAGGGAAAUAAACCAUGGGGCCUGCUUCAUGCAGGCAUACUUCAUCCACUCCCUUUCCAUUGUAGAAUCAGGUAUUUUGCUUGCCAUGGCCUAUGACCGUUUCAUUGCCAUCCGCAAUCCCUUGAGAUAUACUUCCAUUCUCACCAAUGCUCGAGUGGCAACCUUAGGGGUGGGGGCAUUUAUGAGGGGUUUUAUAUCUAUCAUGCCUGUAAUCUUGGGUCUUUUUUCAUUUCCGUAUUGCCACUCUCAUAUUCUCUCCCAUGCUUUCUGCCUUCACCAAGAAGUCAUGAAACUGGCUUGCGCAGAUAUAACUUUCAAUAGACUUUACCCUGUAGUUCUGGUUUCUUUAACUGUUUUUCUAGACUCUUUGAUCAUCCUUUUCUCCUAUAUCUUAAUUCUUCAAACUGUCAUGGGUAUCACCUCUGGUGAAGAGAGAGCCAAGGCCCUCAAUACGUGCAUCUCCCAUAUCGGUUGUGUCCUCAUCUUCUAUGUCACUGUGAUUGGUCUGUCCUUCAUCCACCGGUUUGGGAGGAAUGUGCCACAGGUGAUCCACAUUAUCAUGAGCUAUGUCUACUUCCUCUUCCCUCCUUUAAUGAAUCCUAUCAUCUAUAGCAUCAAGACCAAACAAAUUCAAUAUGGCUUCUUCCGUCUUUUAUCUCAGUGCAAAUUUGGAAAUUAA